AUGGUUUACACGAAUAUCAGAAAUGCUGCGGGGCUUAUCAACCGACCCGACAGAGGUUCAUCCAACACCCGGCACCCCUCGCCUCAAAGAACCAACGACGAGAACAGAGCCUUGACCGAGAAACACGCCGCCGUAUUGAACUCUUCGAACUGGAGAAAGCCCCUCAAACCACAUGAAAACAACACUGAGUGCAUCAGAGUCUCCAAGAGCCGGAAGACUUCUGGCAUCGGCACCGACUUCAACAUGGCUGACCCUGCUACUCACUUGCGGAAGCCUGUUUCCGGCGUCGACCCUCUGUUGAUCGCAACAGACCCCGUCUUCGGAGGAAAUGCGGCGGUCGUGCCUCAAGAGAUCUUCACCCUGGAGAAGGAGCCAGGUGCAAAAAAGAAGAAGGGAGCCACCCCUCUUGUCAUGGACUUGGUGAUCCACGAUUGCGAUGACCCCGACUGCGACAAUGGAGUUUUCAACAAUGCCGAGAUCCGCCGCAUUAAGAGUGCCACUCGGUUCAAGUCCCAGCCUCGCGAUGGUGGCAUCCUCGACUUUGAGAAGCAGCUGAGAGGCGCUAAGAUCACGCCUCGCAAGUUGUCUAUGGUUGAUCUUACCAACCCUUGCAAUUACGACCAAGACAACAUUUUUAGCGGGAAAGACCACUUCAAGAAGUUGCAGGCGGAGUGCCAGGUCAAAAAGACAGCUAUCAUACAAGACCCUGCCGUUGUCACUGUUGGAGACAAGAAUUCUGACGAAGAUGCCAUCAAAGAGAUUCGCUUCAAUGAGAUGCUUCGGAAGCUCAAAAGUUCGUCUAUACCAGAGUACCAUCCAGUAGCUGUGGUAAAGGACUCACCCAAAGAUCGACCAAGACAAGACUCUGGUGAUUCUGGUGUCGACAUGAGAAGCCCUAUAAAGCGGUCUCUCAACCCCCUAGCGAAGGAAUUCGCGGCCUUUUCCUCCAAGGAAAACCCCGUUGUUGCAGAGAAGCGCGGAUCAGAGACCUCUAUGAACAUUCCUCUGUCGGUUCUCGAACAGAUUGUAGGUCAGAGCGACCAGUUCAAGCCGUUUGAGGAGGGCGGCGGCCAACAAAUCUCGAAUGAGGCGAUUCUCAACACGAUUCAGAAGUUCGGUUUGGGAAGCGCAGCGCAGCAAAAGGUAACCUCGCCGUUCUCAUUUGAGUCUCUUGCUAUGAAACCGGCUCUGCAGCCCUCACCGUUUCCACUGGUGCCAUCCAUGUCUCCAGGAGUCGACCUUAACAAUGGCAUACCUCCGAUCAGCACUUUUAUGCCAAUGCAGACUUCGCCGCCCAGUCAUUCAAUCCAUCCCUUCAUCAAUCCAACGAUUCAUAAUCUGCCUCAUCCGGCUCCUGCUUUUGGACCGCACCCUCAAGGACCCGGUCUCCCUCCGCCCAUGGCAGGAUUUGGACCGCAGACAGGCGGAUUUACGGCUGGCUUCAACCGACCAUUUGUUGCUGGUUCUGACAUCGGGCCUCCUGGGCUUGGUCCUCAGACAUUCAACAACCUUGCAACAGCACCUUCCAACAUGGCCAACAAUGGCUUUCUCAACCAACACCAAGCUGGGCAAUUCGACAACAAAUUUCUACGCCCGCAGAAGCCUCGCAUCCCUGAUGCCAUGGCUCAGCAGAAGUAUGAGGAGUAUAUUGAGUGGAAGAAGGCAAACGAUCCUAAGUAUGCUCUCGAGUGCAAAAAUCGCCAAGCCAGAAGAGCUAUUCGAAAUAAUCCUGUCCCGGCUUGA